CCCCUGCAGCCCCCCCGCGCCCUGCCCUGACCUUUGCACAAAUCCCCCAGGGCGGCCGUGGGGAGGGUAUAAAGAGAGAGCCCGGGGCUGCCCCCGCGUCACAGAGCCCUGCACAGCCAUGAAGGCGCCGCUGCUGUUCCUGCUCGCCUGCACGGCCGUCCUGGCGCUGGGAGCAAGGGCCGACGCGCCCGAGCAGCCGAAAGCGCUGGUGCAGAAGGUGCAGGAGCUGGCCCAGAAAGCCACGGCCAUGGCCAAGGACGCCUUCAGCAGGGUGCGGGAGUCGGAGGCGGCGCAGCAAGCCAGGCAGUGGCUGUCGGACAACGCGGAGCUGGCGAAGCAGCGGCUGGUGUGGCUCAAGGAGCAGCUGGCGGAGCUCUGGAAGAAGACUCCGGCCGCGUAGCCUCGCCAGGGGCUGCCCGGGGACUGUCGGGGCUGGGGACCACCCGGGCCCACCCGCUGUCGCGGUGCUCUCAAUAAAGCGGGGCUGACGCAAA